AUGUUACCACCUGACAUAAUGGGCCUCACGGACGAGCAAGUUGAGGAGCUCAAGCUCAAGGACGAAUGGGCUGACAAGUGCGUGCCCAUGGGCGGUUGGACUUUCAACAGGGACAAGACCGGUCGUAGGAACGGUAGGCAGCCCAACGAAAAGAUGCAGGAGGUGCUGCAGAAAACUAUCGAGGAUGCACGUGCCAUGACGUCAAAAAAGUUAGUGCAACAAGAGAAAUUGGUUACGCAAAAGACAGUCCAAGAAGCUCUGGAUUUGUUAAGAGGCGCCGCGACGAUCGUUUAUCCUAUGGGGCUUCCGCCACACGACGUGAUACGUAAAGAGUUUGAGAAUACCGAAGAUCUCACCGGUACUCAGGCAUCCCUCGAGGUAAUCGAUGUGCAACUGGCUCAACUGUGGUUCUCCGGGAAGGAAUUAUUAUCUGGGAAGAAGCUGAAGGACUUCGUGGGUAUUAACGAAAAAACCAAGGUGAUCGUGAAGCUGCAGAAGAGAGGAUCUGGAAAACCCGCGAGGGAGCCGUUGAUGUCGGAAGACGAGCGGAAACAAUUAAUGCUGCACGCGUAUCGUCGCGAAGAACAGCUGAAGGACCGCCGACGAGAGGGUUGA